UUGGCAUGCAUGUCUAUCUAUAUAUAGCACCACCCCCCACAUUUGGCUAUAUAUCGACGGAGAGAUGGGUCAACCAAUUAAGAAGCAAAUAGUCUAGGCCUCCAACGUACGAUUGGACAGUUUGUGCAUCGGCUGGCCAUGGCGAGGCUCUUCACCACCGUCUCCUCCUCCGUCUUCGUCGUCGUCGUCCUCCUCCUCCUCCUCCUCAGUGAAGUCUCACACGCCGCCACCGCCGCCGCCGCCGACGGAGACGACGGAGACGACGACAACCCCGUGGUCAAGAAGUUGUGCGCCGACACGCCCUUCCCGGAGCUCUGCGCCUCCAUGAUCACGCGCUACGACGAGAGCAAAGGCGCAAACGAGGAAAGCCUUGUGGGGAUGGCGGCCCUCACCUCCGCCAAGCUCCUUCUUAAUGCGACGGCCACCGCGAGCCCGGCGGUCCAGAGGGACAGCCACCCGGGCCUGAGCAAGGCCGACGAGAUCUGCUUCGAAACCUGCUUCAAGGAGCUGACCAACGCCGCCCAGACACUCGACAAGCUGUGCGUAAGCAAGGUUCAGCUCCCCCAAAUCGACAACUUCAUCAAGUUCAACAAGGAGUCGCAUGUCGAGUGGAACUGCGAGAGGUGUCGCCAAGGGGAAGCCAAGAUGAUAGCCGACGAUGUCUCCAAGGACAACGAGGCCGGGAAGGCCAUGGCUGUCCUGGAGGCGCUCGUCAACAAAAUACUAACCAAAUAAAAGAAAAGAAAAACUCACUGAGUACUAGCUGUUAUUACGUUUUUGGUUAGUUUCAUUUUCUGUCUUUUGGGCAUCUUAUUAGUUUCCUUGGUUAUGUAAUACGAGUAGUAAAUUCAUACGUGCAAUGCACACUGCUAUUAGGGUGCAAAUUAAUUGCACGUAGAUAUUAUGUAAGAUAUAAAUUACAUCUUAAUUAUGUGAGUAGCACAAACGUUUAUUUUUUUCUUGAAAGAAAUAGUCUUUGAUAUCUGGUAUAAUGUUAAUUGCACGCUAAACUUCUUGAGCAUUCAGAGUUGGAGUAAUAUGGUCAUUGGAUUGACAUGUUUUGAUGGUUAAGAUUAAUUGAAUUUGCCCCUUUGGGUCUUUUGUAUUGGUAUAGAUAUAGAUGUAUGAUAUGAUUUUGUUUUCUUUGUCGGCUAUCGAAAUAAUAAAACUAACUAAUUAUAUGUUUAUAUUAUUUUUUCAUAAAGGGCAUUUUAACUCAAUCCUACAUUAAGUGAAUAUCCAGACUCUACAUAACAAGAUGCAUAGCUAACACGUUUAAAAAUGAAAAAUAAAAAGCAUUGACUUACAGGAAAAAAAAACUAAGAUGGAGGAGAUUCUAUCCAAAGAGUCGAAGACUACUCCGCCAUCCAUGGUUGGAGAAAAUUUCCCUAGCCGUAAGCUCGUGGCUGAAGCAUUAGCACAUGAUAGACCAAGCAUGGAGCCGGUGUGUACAUACAUGAAUACCCAGCACAUCAGUUGAAACACACUUUUUUGUUGAAAGCAACGUCACUCCUACAAAGCCACAUGGCCCAACAUAGGAUUGCCACCAAAACGAGAAUAUGUGAAUGGAAAUAUUUAUUUUUUUCGAAACGGAGGCAAAAGAUUUGCCUCAUCUAUUAAAUAAGGGAGGGAAAUAUUUAUCAAGACACCUCAACAAGUUGCCAAACAUAUUACGAACGCUCCAGGGUGGGUAGAAGCUUCAAGCUAUCAGGACUAUAUAAUCAUGCCUUACAGUGUUAGAAUAUAUAAUAACGAAAAAGCAAAAUGAAGUCUCAAUGCCAUCUCUUAAAUUUGUAACCUUACACCAUUGAUAAUUUCUCUGAAGAAGAGGGUAGAACAUCUUGCAGCCAGUGUACCAUACUAUAACUUCUCUAAAUCACGAUAUAAACUAAGGAUCAAAAGAUAAAAGAGAAUAAAGAACGAUUUAAAAGAUAAUGCGGCACCUCCCCAAGCUUGGAACAAGCCUAGGAGGGUGCCUUUACCCAUAUGAUUAUGCUUGGUCCUUUACCCAUAUA